CAGUCGUUUAAAUCCCCUGUGGCAGUGCGUAGAUGUGGCAUCGUGGCUCGCGCCAGCACUUCUCCUCAGGUAUGAUUUGACAACAAAGAAGCCAACCUGAGCGAGCUGCCGAGACUCGACGGAUCGACAUCUGAGCAAGGUUCUCGCCCUGGGCGCUGGUGGAUACCGAGCCUGAGGACGCCGAGGCUCCCUUCGCCUUGACCACCACCACCAUGAGGAUCGAUUGGAGAUAAAUUUUUAGAUGGAGGAUGGGAGCUGUGAAUGAUCGAAUGCCUGACUCUGAAACUUUGUCGUUGCACUCUUCGUCGGCAUCGCCAGCCGCGAGCACCUGCACUGAUUCGGCCAGCUUAAUCGCUUCUAACCUGAGCUCCAUCUCACCUUUAAGCACUAGAAAAAACGUGUCUUUUCAUGAACUGUCGUCACGGUCGUCAGCGUCGAUGACGGGCGGUGCGACGUGCUCCUCAUCAUCGCCAGAGCUGCCGCGUCUGUGCCGGCCGCUGCCACCUCCGCGCGCGCCGACCUUCGUGGCGCCGUGUCCUCUGACACGAUCGUCGCCGUUCCCACGCCUUCCACCCGGCGGUGGUGGCGGGGGCGGCGCCGAGUUCCUACCCUACUACCCACCGCCCUGCCCGCCGCACCCGCACGCCGCCUUUCGCUUGGAGGCGGAGCCGCCCCCGCCACCCACGCCCUUGCACCAUGCGUACCGCACAACGUACCUGUCGGCGCGGGCCGGCGCCGCCUCGCCUGGCGCCGACCAGGGUUACCACACGCUGGUGGCGCCGCCGCCAGCCCCCUGGGGCGCACCUUACGCAGAUUCGCCCUUUGACCUGGUGCCCGAUAUCGUGCUCAUCGGCAUUUUCUCUUACUUGACCACCAAAGAGCUCUGCAUCUGCGCGAGGGUUUGCAGAAGAUGGCACAAUAUCGCGUGGGAGCCUCGACUGUGGCGGUCAGUGGCUGUAUCAGGUGGCGACAGGCCACUCAAGGGUCUGUUAAAGAGACUUGCUGGUGAGAACAUGGUAUGUGGAGCGGUCGAGAGGGUUGCUCUCUCUGGACCUGGCCUUACAGACAAGUCACUGCACCUUCUUGCCCGAAAGUGCCCUCGUCUUUCGCAUCUACGAGUACUCGGAAGCUCAGGAGUAGUCAACGUGUCAAACACAGGUGUGAUAGAACUAGUUAGCCAUUGUCCACAACUUGUGCACUUGGACCUGGCCGGCUGCAUUAGUGUGACUUGCAUGAGCGCUCAGGUGCCGUCAGCGCGCCAGCUGAACAUUCAGUACCUAGACCUGACUGACUGCGUUGGUCUCACUGACGAAGGCCUUCACACAGUCGUGCAGGCGUGUCCAGGACUAAAUUUUCUUUACUUGCGGAGGUGUAUCGUUAUUUCAGAUGCUGGCAUCAAAUAUAUACCCAGUUAUUGCUCACAACUGCGCGAGCUGAGCGUGUCCGACUGCACCCAGGUGACCGACUUUGGAGUGUACGAAGUGGCAAAGCUCGGGGUAAGCCUCCGGUACCUGUCUGUAGCCAAGUGUGACCAGGUGUCUGACGCUGGCAUCAAGCAAGUGGCGCGCAACUGCCACAGGCUCAGGUAUCUGAACAGUAGGGGUUGCGAAGCCGUCGGUGAUGUCAGCGUCACAGCCCUCGCCAGAUCCUGCCCAAGAUUGCGUGCGCUUGACCUUGGCAAGUGUGACGUUUCUAACCACGCUCUAAAGCUACUUGCGCGCUCUUGCCCUAACCUGAAGAAGCUUAGCGUAAAAAGCUGCGAGUUGGUGUCAGACGAAGGUAUCCGGGAGAUCGCCUUCUACUGCCGUGGCCUGCAGCAGCUGAACAUCCAGGACUGCCCCGGCGUGUCUCUCGAGGGAUACAGAGCGGUGAAGAAAUACUGCCGCCGCUGCGUUAUAGAGCACACCAACCCCGGCUUCUGCUAGCCAAAUCAAGUGCGAUGGACAAUACCAAGAUAAUCUUCCGAAUGUGAUAAUCAAGUGCCUUCCACAGACACUACAUUGCAAAUGACUCCUGUGAGACGCAAAUUGUAUGCUUUAGUUCGUAAGGCCGAUAUCAGCAAAAAUGCGCCAAGUUGUAAAAAUUCCCAAUGCUUAGAUAUGCUAAAUUUUUAAAAUUGAAACUGAAAAUUCAAAAUAAUUCUGAUUAGAUAGAAAACGAGCACUUAAAAACAAGAAAAUUAUUACGUGUAGAACAGAAAAUUUUAAUUUUUACAAAAAAAAUACUUCACUAUUUUAAAAACAUAACUAAAACAGGAAUUAUUGACACAUUCCAUGUUUUAAGGUUUCUGAAUUUCUAGGUACGACCAAAAAUCGAUUAUAAUCAAUAAAAAUAAUAUACAUUAAAUAUCUGAAAAUAUCUGUUCAAGUUUUUUAGCAAUUGCAUUUUCAAUACGAAAUAUAAACUUGGUGGUUUAUAAUAAUUAAAUUAUGUGCGUUGGAAAUUGAAGUCAAUUUGGCGCACCUCAAAACGCUAGAUGCCAUUAACACUAAAUUAUGAAACUUAAUAGGGAAAAAUUUUUGAUAAUAAAACUUAGUAUUUUAUUAAGAA